CUUGCUUCAUUGUCUUAUCUCGCUUGACACAUUCAUUCUUAUAAAGCUGAUUCCAUCAAUUCAGGUGUAGAGAUCCUUAGAUUCUAUAUGUUUCUGAAUAAAGGAGCCAAAAUUAGCAUCGCAUCUACUGCGGAAAUUCAGUGAUUUACGUUGAGGAUGAAUCCAAACGGAAUGAAGGAAACAGUACGCAUCAAUGGAUCAACAAAAUCUACAGUAGAUAAGAAGCGUCAGAGAGAAACUGCAACAUCAAAUCGGGAAGUUGCAAACCACCGAGAAAGAUCAACUUCAAAGCCAACUAUAAUAUAUGUGGAAACACCAAGAGUAAUCCAUGCAGACCCGCAAAAUUUCAUGACUUUGGUUCAGAGUUUAACAGGAAAGGACUCGCCAUCUUCAUUGUCGUCGAACUCCACCACCAACCCUGAUCUCAUUUUAAGUCUUACCACUACCAACACAAAUACGAGUACUACCCCCAUCAUCAACUUCGAGCACUCACAAACUGCACAACCAUGAUCAAGCAAGCAGAUAAAAGGCAAUUGUAUACGCAUCUAUUAUUUUCAUUUUCCUUAAAUUUUCAAAUCGAAAAUUUCAUAUUAAGAAAAUGUAUAUAGAUAAUAAUUGAUUAUAACUUUAUGUUUCAUUAAUCCUAAUUUCAGAUUUAACCAUGUUGUUUCCUUCUUGGGCACAAUCAUAUAUCACGGUUUUUUCACAUCUUUCUCUGGCAGUGGUUAGAAAAUGAUUCGUGUAAAGUGCCCCCUAAGCAAGACUUAGUAAUAACAAAUUCACUACAAUUUUUUGCAUCAAAACAUACAUCGGCUUCAACCGUGGCAACGGCUACUAGUGUUUAGCUCACGCUUGAAACUUGUUGCCGUGGCUCCUUGGGACAAUAUUGUAAACUUAACUGGUCAUUGAAUCCCCCACAAAACCCCAAACCUGAAAGACAUCAGGCCGAAGAAAUUGCAAAACCAAGCUAGCGAGUGAGAAUGUUGUCUUCUUCAUUAUCUUCACUCCGAAAUCCUUACUUCAAACACCUUAUAUUCUCCUCUUAUCUCCGCCCUCUAAUUCUUCCAUGUUUCUUUUCUCCACCUACCAAAAUCAACAGAAUCAGAGAGAAUGGUAUGAUUUCAUCUCAACUUCUCACGGAGAGAUGGAUUUCAACAUCAUCUUCAAAUUUAUCUUCUUCCUCUUUAGAUAACUGGCCUCACAGUGAUUUCUCAUCCGCGUCUUACCUAUCUGUCCGUCUCCGCUGCCCAAAAGAAAUUGCUGAUACGCUUUCAGAAGCUCUUCUGUGCUUUGGAGCAUGUUCAGCUAGCAUGGAUGAACCAGAGGAUUCUGAGGUUACUAAUGAGAUUUUCAUUAAUUCUAUAUUUACAGAACCUCAAAAUAUUGAUAGAUGUAUUUUACAUGCUGCUGAUUCCAUUGGAUUGAAAGAGAUCCCAUCUUAUGAAGUUAUAAUGGAUGAUGAGCAGUCUGACUGGGUUAAGAAAUCGCAGGAAUCAUUUCAACCAGUGGAAGUUACUGAAGGUCUCUGGAUUGUGCCUGAGUGGAUAACGCCUCCGGAUUCACAAGCAAUAAAUAUAAUUCUGAAUCCUGGACUGGCAUUUGGAACUGGGGAUCAUCCUACAACUAACUUGUGCUUAUUGUUGCUGCACGGCUUGAUAAAAGGAGGAGAGUCUUUCUUUGAUUAUGGUACUGGUUCUGGAAUUCUUGCUAUUGCAGCGGUGAAGCUAGGUGCUGCUUUAGCUGUAGGAAUUGAUAUUGAUCCUGAAGCAAUUACAAGUGCAACCCAAAAUGCUGUGCUAAACCACAUUGAACCUGAAAAGCUGAAAUUUUCUUUGGUUCCUAGUAGAAACACAACGAAUACUCUCACAGCUGGGACAACAUGUGGGGAUGCAGAACAUAAGAAUGCUGUUGCCGAAACAGAAAAGUAUGACAUUGUCAUUGCAAACAUACUUUUAAAUCCUCUCUUAGAGUUGGCAGACAAUAUUGUUUCCUAUGCUAAGCCGGGUGGUGUUAUUGUUGUCACGGGUAUCAUUCUUGAGCAGGUAAAAUUGCAUUUGAUUAAGUAUUGCGGGGGGGGUAAGUUCUUUUCCCUACUUUGUCGAUGCAGCUCCCACAAAUUGAAGUUUGUUAUUCUCAGUACUUGAGAGAUAUAUCAGUAUCAAAUAUGGAUGGUUGGGCAUGUGUUAGUGGCAGAAAGAGAACGAAUCCUAUAUCCAACUGAAAAGUGCGAAAACAAAUUUAUUUGAUGGAACAUGAAGCACGAGUAAUUGUUUUAUGACAGCAGCCAAGAACCACUACUACUAUGCCAAUGACAAAGAACUGAUGAGGGAACAUCUCAUCUACAAAACAUUGGUACCUUUGUUUUACAAUUGUGAAUUGUCCUACAGCUCUACUUAGUUGCUAAAGAAUUGUGUAUGUUUCUGAGAUGGAGAUUCCUGCUCAAGUGAUCGUUAAGACUGAAUGUGGCAUUCCAAGUGUUCAAGGGUACAUUUUUGGCCCGUGUAUUUCAAUUUUCACAUUUUCGCCAAGUUUCCUUGCUCCUUCGGUCAAUCAGAGCAGAUCAGACUACAUGUCUGUCAAUUUAUAUCUAUUGGUAUUUUGUGGUAUGUUCAUCAUCAAUCAUUUUGCUAGUAUAUACUAUAUAGCAUGUACUUUGUUCUCACUCAAGAGACUUAAAAUGGAAAACAAUAAACAUGGAAAACAAUAAACAUGAACUGUCGA